GAUACAACGUCACACUCCAGAAAUGAAAUUUAAGUUUGUCAGAGUGUCAGCCACGCUCCAGUCGAGACAAGUCUCUGUUUCUCUCUGAAAGAAAACUCAAACUGACUUCAUCAGGUCUUUCUCAACAACACAGCAGAGUCUCUGCCAAACACUGAUAUGGCUGCUGCAAACUAUCUGCAAUCUCAAGAUCAGUUUCUGUGCUCCAUCUGUCUGGAUGUGUUCAAUGAUCCUGUCAGCACACCAUGUGGACACAACUUCUGCAAAAACUGCAUCUCUGAACACUGGAAUACCAAUGACCAGAACCUGUGUCCAAUGUGUAAGGAGGGUUUUACCACAAGACCUGAUUUGAGAGUCAACACCUUCAUCUCUGAGAUGGUCGCUCAGUUCAGACAGUCAGCUCAACAGAAAGCCAGCAGCAGCAGCUCAGAGCAACAAGUGUCCAAACCAGGAGAAGUUCCCUGUGACGUCUGCACUGGAACCAAACUGAAGGCCCUGAAGUCCUGCCUGGUGUGUCUGGUCUCCUACUGUGAGACUCACCUGGAGCCUCAUCUGACAACGUCAGGCCUGAAAAAACAUCAGCUGAUCGACCCUGUGGAGAACCUGGAAGGCAGGAUGUGUACGGAGCACGAUAAACCUCUGGAGCUGUUCUGUAAGACUGACUGGACAUGUGUCUGCAUGCUCUGCCCUUAUUCAGAUCACAAGAUGCAUGAUGUUGUUCCUCUGAAAGAAGAAUAUGAAGGAAAGAAGGCAGAGCUGGGGAGGACAGGAGCUGAAAUUAAGCAGAUGAUCCAGAAGAGAGGACUGAUGAUUCAGGAGAUCAAACACUCAGUCGACCUCAGUGAGGAAGAUGCAGACAGAGAGAUAGCAGAAGGUGUUCAGGUCUUCACUUCUCUGAAGGAGUCUGUUGAGAAAGGCCUGAAUGAGCUCAUCGACACGAUCAAAGAGAAGCAGAAAACAACAGAAAAACACGCUGAAGCUUUCAUCAAAGAGCUGGAACAGGAAAUCUCUGAGCUGAUGAAGAGAAGCACUGAGGUGGAGCAGGUGUUACGCUCUGAAGACCAACUCCAUCUUCUCCAGAGUGUCCAGUCCCUAAACACCCAACAACCUCUACCCACCAAGGACUGGACAGAGGUCAGCGUCCGUCCAUCGUCAUAUGAGGGGACUGUGGUGAAAGCUCUGGCUCAGCUGGAGGAGACACUCAGUAAACAGGUGAAGAAGUGGCUCUCUGAGUCUGAGCUGAAGAGGGUCCAGCAGUAUGCAGUGGAUGUGACUCUUGAUCCUGAUACAGCACAUCCUAAACUCAUCCUGUCUAAUGAUGGGAAACAAGUGAAUUAUGGUGAUGUGCGGAAGAAUCUCCCAGACAACCCAGAGAGAUUUUUUCGUUAUUGUAUUGUUUUAGGAAAACAGAGUUUCUCUUCAGGCAGAUUUUACUUUGAGGUUCAAGUUAAAGGAAAGACUAAAUGGACUUUAGGAGUGGCCAGAGAGUCGAUCAACAGGAAGGAAGACAUCACACUGAGCCCUGAGGACGGUUACUGGACGAUAUGGUUGAGAAAUAAAAAUGAGUACGAAGCUCUUGCUGACCCUCAUGUCCUUCUCUCUCUGAAGUCUCCUCCUCAGACGGUGGGGGUGUUUGUGGAUUAUGAGGAGGGUCUGGUCUCCUUUUAUGACGUAGAUGCUGCAGAUCUUAUCUACUCCUUUAAUGGCUGCUCCUUCACUGAGAAACUCUUUCCAUACUUCUGUCCCUGUAGUAAUGAAGGUGGUAAAAACUCUGCCCCUCUAAUCAUCUCCCCUGUCAGAGUAAAUUAAUCACUGAUCUCAUUUCACGUAUUGAGUUAUUUUCAAUCAAAUGAACAAAUGUACAUAUUCAUACAUUUAACAUCUUAUUUUCUACAUAAUAUGUUUCCUCUGGUGACUGAUUCAUACUUUAUUAGGGGUCCAGGGGUGGGAGAACCGCUGUAGCAAAGCUACAUGGUUCACACAGCAGGGCUGUAGAACCCUAUUGUUUUCCUAAGGAUUUUACUCCAUUAUUAUUAUUUUCCAUUGUUCCUCUCGACCUCAGGCGCAACAAUUGAACCAGGUCCACCACUAAGUGGCGCUAUAGCAGAAAAAACAUGUUUGGCCCUAUAACUCCCACACCGUACACCAAACAUUCAAAAUCCAUAUAUCCUAAGUGAAGUGAAGUGUCUGAUAUAGGCCAUGCCCAUUUCCUCUUCAUUUAUCAAAAACCUACUUUGUCGAUCUCCUCCUAGACCGUGCGACCGAUCUGCACGAAACUUGGCACGUAGUAUCUCCUAUAAUCUUUAUAGGAUAACAAUUUACGCACAAACAAAUUUGUGUAGCUAACUAUGAAAACACUAACUUUGCCAUAUCUUGGCCAGAAUAAACGCUAUCAACGCAAAACUUUAGAUUCUUGUUUGCCAUGACCCUCUGGAGGUGGCCCACACAUUUUAUGAAAAUUGGCCACUAGGGAGCGCUACAAGUACAACAAGAUUAUAUCUCAUGAACAGCUCAUCCGAUUUUUACAAAAUUUGGAGGGUACCAUCUAGCGCCACUCCUGAGGCUACCCCUAUAGUGGAGUACUGAUUCGUCAAUGUGGGCGUGGCCAAUGGGACCCAGGUUUAGAUUCACCACUUACACUAAUGUGAACAACUUUAAAUUUACUGGGUAUAUUACACAUCUGGACCACUAGUUGGCACUAUAAUGCUUUAUUGCCUUUAACUCCCACAUUACACAUUAGAAAUCUUUACAUCAACGUGUUCCUUGAAUUAGGCUGAAUCUGAUGAUAUAGGCCAGGCCCAUUUCCGCUAUAAAGUUGUUUCGUAAUAUCGCUCAAUGCGCCAAACCAACUUUUUCGAACUCGUCCUAGGCCCUAUGACCGAUCUGCAAGAAACCUGGUACAUAGCAUAUGCAGAUGGACCUGACCAAAAGUUAUUCAAAGAAUUUUGCUAUGUUAAAUAAUGCGCAUUUGACGACCAAACUAAUUUUCCUAGCUAGCUACCACACACAUAUCAUAUAUCACAACCAAAUUAAAUCAGUCAGCAAAAAUCUUGAGACGAUUGUUGCAUGUAUGCAUCCCACUGCUCUGUACCAAAUUUGGCGAAGAUCGGCCAUAAGGGGGCGCUAUAAUCAAUGUUUGUUUUGGCCAAUAACUCAAUGCAUUUAAAUGGGAAAUUUGCAAUUGCAAUAUCUCUGCCACAGUAAAUGCUAUCAACACGAAACGUGUGAUGCCUGUUCGGCAUGCCGCUCUGAGGCUCUGUACCAAAUUUGGUAAAGAUCAUCCAUUAGGGGGCGCUAUAGUCAACAUAGACCAGUUUGGGCCAUUUUACCCCUUCUGAGGUCAAGCGCCAAACGGCACUUAUGAUUCAUAACUUAACUUUAUAAUUAUAACUAUCUUUAGGAGCUAAAAGCUUACAGUCGCCCAUUCUGCUGAUGUCUUUGACGUUUUUCGGGGUCUUUGUGCAAUUAAUCCAUACUGUUACAUCCAAGAUUGAUACACUGUAUGUAAGAAAUGUAAAUAGUUUUUCCUUUAUAUAUGAGUUAUAAUGUUCAAUAUGUUUAUUAUUGCACUGGAUGACUACAAAUAUAUAGAAUUGUUUUAGACAACACAAAUGUUUGUGUGGCAUUGCUGUGUGUGUGAUAUCAAUAUAUAUCUGUGACCUCAUUGCAGCACAAUAUUCUAAUCUAAUUUCCUGAAAAGAAGUGAUAGAUUGACUAUGGACAACAUGGUUGAUGUUUUACAAGCUUUUAUAGAAAAUAAAACCAGACGGACCAGA